AGUGAAGGGCGGCCGACCGGAAGUCGCCUCACGAUGGGGGAGAAGAAAACGUCGGCCCGCGUUCCCGAGGGGGGUCCCCGGCGGGUCCUGGACGCUCCCGCGCGGCAGCGGCGGCUGCACCGGCAGCUGGAGGCGCUGGAGAACGACAACUUCGGCGACGAUCCGCAGGCGGGGCUGCCCCGGCCCGGGAAACGGCUGCCGAACUUCAGCGACACCGCCGAGACCGGGAAGAAGAAGAAGAAAACUCGGGGCGAUCAUUUCAAGCUGCGCUUUCGUAAAAACUUCCAGGCCCUGCUGGAGGAACAGAACCUGAGUGCGGCCGAGGGCCCCAAUUACGUCUCGGCCGGGGCUGCCCCGUCCCGGCUGCCCCAGCGCCACUUCUGCGCCGUCUGCGGCUUCCCCUCGGGCUACACCUGCGUCACCUGCGGGGCCAGGUACUGCUGCACGCGCUGCCUGGGCACCCACCAGGACACCAGGUGCCUGAAGUGGACGGUGUGACUCCGCCCCCAAUAUGGCUGAUGUGGCCACGCCCACAACAUGGCUGCCCUGAUGCCGCCCCAAAAUGGCCGCCGUGAGCGCGUCUUGUUUUGGCCCCGCCCCUAAAAUGGCUGCCACGGUUCCACCCCCCCCAAGAUGGCCGCCAUGGUCCCACCCCAAGAUGGCUGCCGUGACUCCACCACCAACAUGGCCACACCCCCAAAAUGGCUGCUUUGGCUCCACCCCUAAGAUGGCCACCAUGACCACGCCUACAAAAUGGCCACCACAAAUCCACCCCAA